UUGGGGCUGCAGCCGGCGGGGGCGUUGCCCUGGCCCCGAGGCUCUGCGUGCAGUUUUGAUGCGCCUCUAACGUAGGUGGUGAUAGGUCUCCCGCGCCUAGGGGAGGGAGUGGGGCGGCGGCCCAGAGUCGUCUUCCGCCCGCCCUCUACUGCUUUAGGCUUGGGGGCUGAAUAUGUUCAGUCCCGUGGAAGGCGAAACCUAGGUUGCUGGCACAGCCCCGAAGCCCCGAGCAGUUAGCACUUUGUUCGGGGAAGAUGCUACUGGCCUUUUGGGAAGUUGUGUCGGAGCAGCCAGAGGCUGGAAUAUUUGAAGGUGUGAAUCGGGCUUAGGUGAUAUCACGAGUCUUUUGACAUGUUGAGAUCGUGUAGGGGCUUCUACUUGUAUGCAUUUCACGUAUGGACUGUAUACUCCCUGGCUCUUAACAGAGGAUCGUGAAGCAGGGCCCCCCUAGCCACCCGAGAGCACAAGCAGCCCGGCUUUCGGAGGGCACUAUCUCCUGGAGCGGUAUCAGUUCCCAAAGAGGACGGCAUCUAGAAUGACAGUUAAGAAGUAUAGUAGUAAAAUCAGCACCCAUGGACACACCAUCCCGUUAAGGAGAACAUUGCCAGUACUGCUGCAUCUAUCUUUGUGCUCCUCUCCAACCCAGCUCCCAGCUUCCCACCCCUAGAGUGAACAAGGGGUGCUGGGUCACGGAACCCUAGGUGCUACAGUGAUCCCCUCUCUCAGGGAGCUGAUGCCUUGGCUUCUUCGCUGUCAGAAGCCUGGAAAGUAUCAGGAGGCAGUCUGGUACCUCACUUCUGUCCCAGCUUCCUCAAGCUCCAGUCCUUCUCUGAGAGGGAGACCAGGUCAUGGCAGCCAUACUCCUGACAGCCUGGCCCCAGGUGAGCUGUGGGUCCUUCAGCUCUUCCUCUGUGCAGUUUCAAAUUGAAAAAAACUGAGAAGGGAAGCUGGUGAGCCUUGCCGUGAAAGCUGGAGAGGGCUUCCACGCUUCUGCCUGCCAGACUGGAACUUGUGGGAAGAGCGGUGAUGUGAAGGGCUGGAAGCAGCAGGAGAACGUCCCUGAAGGCCGGAGUGUAGUCUUCUGCACUUGAGUUUUUUUUGCUUCUCUGGGACUUCAUGGACCCCCUGAAGCUCAUCCAUGGACCUCCAUGGACUCCAGGGCCUGAGCCAUGGAAUUGGCCCUAGGGCAGCAGGAACCUGUUGUUUCAGAAGUUGGUGACCUUCGAGGAUGUGGCUGUGUACUUCACCCAGAUGGAAUGGGACAGCCUGUCCCCUGCACAGAGGGCCCUGUACAGGGAUGUGAUGCUGGAGAAUUAUGGAAAUAUGGCCUCCCUGGCAUGGCUUUUGCCAAGCGGUGCCUUGUCUGCAUCCGGGAUUGGAACCAGCAAACGAACCCCGGGCUGCCGAGAAGUGGAACGUGUGAACUUAACCGCUGCACCACUGGGCCGGACCCUGGUGUGCACUCUUGAUCCGCCCUAUAGAAGCUGUGUUUUGGAGACAGUGUGGGAAGAAGUAACUUCCUGUUCCACAGUAUUAUCUUCAGGAUUUCCACUUCUCAAACCUGCUGUGAUCUCACAACUGGAAGGAGGAGGUGAGCUGGGGGGCCCAUCUCCACUGGCUGCUGGGACAGAAGCAGGCCCCCAGGCCCUCUGGACUGUAGAUAUUGAUAUUCAGACUGACAAUAAUUUGACAAAGGAAAUGGAUGAAGAAAAAGUUAAUACAUCAUUUGAACUUCAGAGGGACUUUUCCCAGGAAACAGCCUUUUCAGAAGCCUUUGUUCUAGAGAAACAAGAGGAAGCUCACUCAGUAGGAAGUAUGAAGAAAGAAAACAGUAUCAUUGAUGGAACAGUGAAAGACGACACAAGCCCCAUGGAGGAGUGUUUCUUUAAUCAAAGUCCAAACUUGAAUCAGUGUUACACUGUCUCCACUGGAGAGCAAUCCCCUGAGUGUACUGGACUGGAGAAAGCCUUCAGCUUUGACACAAAACUUAUUCAGCAUGAAAUAAUUAACACUGGGAAAAGACCUUUCAAAUGUGAAGAAUUAGUGGAAACCUUUAGGUGUAACUCUCAACUUACUCAGCAUCAAGAUAGUUACACUGGUGAGAAGCCCCAUCAGUGUAAGGAGUGUGGCAAAGCCUUUAGCGUUCAUGCAAAAUUAAUUUGGCAUCAAAGACUUCAUAGCAGGGAGAAACCCUUCAAGUGUGUGGAGUGUGGGAAAAGUUUUAGUUACAGUUCCCAUUAUAUCACACAUCAGACAAUCCACAGUGGAGAGAAGCCCUAUCAGUGUAAGGUGUGUGGGAAGGCCUUCAGCGUUAAUGGGAGUCUAAGUCGGCAUCAGAGAAUCCACACAGGAGAGAAGCCCUAUCAGUGCAAGGAGUGUGGAAGUGGCUUCAGCUGCAGUUCUGCAUAUAUCACACACCAGAGAGUCCACACGGGAGAGAAACCUUACCAGUGUAAUGACUGUGGGAAAGCUUUCAAUGUUAAUGCAAAAUUAAUUCAACAUCAGAGAAUCCACACUGGAGAGAAACCUUAUGAAUGUAAUGAGUGUGGGAAAGGCUUCAGGUGCAGCUCCCAGCUUAGGCAGCAUCAGAGCGUCCACACUGGAGAGAAACCCUAUCAGUGUAAGGAGUGUGGAAAAGCCUUUAGUAAUAAUGCAAAACUCAUUCAGCAUCAAAGAAUUCACACAGGUGAGAAACCCUAUGAGUGUACUGAAUGUGGAAAAGCCUUUAGCAUCAAAGGGAAGUUAAUCCAGCACCAGAGAAUCCACACAGGUGAGAAACCCUAUGAGUGUAAAGAAUGUGGGAAAGCCUUCAGGUGUAACUCUCAGCUCCGGCAGCAUCUGAGAAUCCACACUGGGGAGAAGCCCUACGAGUGUAAGGAGUGUGGGAAGGCCUUCAAUGUUAAUGCAAAACUAAUGCAGCAUCAGAGGAUGCAUACUGGGGAGAAACCCUUUGAAUGUAAUGAGUGUGGGAAAUGCUUUACUUCUAAAAGAAACCUACUUGAUCAUCACCGAAUCCAUACUGGAGAAAAGCCUUAUCAAUGUAAGGAAUGUGGGAAAGCCUUCAGUAUCAAUGCCAAACUAACUAGGCAUCAGAGAAUACACACUGGGGAGAAACCUUUCAAAUGUGUGGAAUGUGAGAAAGCAUUUAGCUGUAGUUCUGACUAUAUUGUACAUCAGAGAAUCCAUACUGGAGAGAAACCCUUUCAGUGUAAGGAAUGUGGAAAAGCCUUCCACGUUAAUGCCCAUUUAAUUCGGCAUCAGAGAAGCCACACUGGGGAGAAACCCUUCAGAUGCAUGGAGUGUGGCAAAGGCUUCAGCUAUAGCUCUGACUGUAUUAUACAUCAGACUGUCCAUACUUGGAAGAAACCCUAUGUGUGUAAUAUGUGUGGGAAAGCCUUCAGGUUUAGCUUCCAACUUAGUCAGCAUCAGAGUGUCCAUAGUGAAGGAAAAUCCUAAUGAGAAGGAUAUAGAAAAUUCUGAUGGUUAAUGCUGAAAUGGAUGAAGUAUCAUCAAAUUUGCCCUGGUGGAAAACCCUGAGAGGGGAAAUAAAUAUGACAGAGUCUUCAAAUGGAAACAGAUCUUUUCCAUUUUAUUCAGUUUUAAAUCAGGAUUGAUGACCAAUUAAAAAGUGACAUCCAAAAAUAAAUAGUUUGUUUUAUACCAACAACCAUAGAAAAUAUAAUGAAAGAAAACAUCCCAUUCCAAACAGCAUCAAGAAAAGUAGAUUUUCUAGGAAUAGACUCAAUUAUUAUGAAGGGCCUAUAUGGAGAAACUAUAAAUCUCCACUGACGGCCUCAAAAGAAAAUUUAAAUAAAUGGGGAGACAGAGGGAAACCUUGUUCUUGAAUAGGGAAACUCAUAAAGAUACUCACUCUACCUAAAUUAAUUUAUUUCCCCUUCAUUUUUGACAACAAGUAUGCAUCCCUUUUGUAAAGAGGAAAAACAAUAAAGAUUUCCUUUAAAAAGGAAAAAGAU